CUCACUCUUAUGGGCUUUUCAUGCAAUUCAUUCACACCAUACAAGCACAUCACAGAUUCAUGUCUCUCUCUCUACGCCCACGGACACUGGGAUCAGAGGCAGCCGGCUGGAACGCAUUGUGAUCGUUGUUAGAUAUAUUUGAAAUACAAUGUCUAUGGUUGAAGAACCACUAUAUCCAAUUGCUGUGCUCAUAGACGAGCUGAAAAAUGAUGACAUUCAGCUACGAUUGAACUCGAUUCGGAGGCUAUCCACAAUUGCCCGUGCUCUUGGGGAGGAGCGAACCAGAAAGGAACUGAUCCCAUUUCUGAGUGAAAACAAUGACGACGAUGAUGAGGUACUUCUUGCAAUGGCAGAGGAAUUGGGGGUGUUUAUUCCAUAUGUUGGGGGAGUGGAGCAUGCCCAUGUUUUGCUCCCACCGUUAGAGACCCUUUGCACUGUUGAGGAAACCUGUGUGAGGGAAAAAGCGGUGGAGUCAUUGUGUAGAAUUGGCUCUCAGAUGAGAGAGACUGACUUGGUUGACUGGUUUAUUCCUCUGGUGAAGAGAUUGGCAGCUGGUGAAUGGUUUACAGCACGAGUCUCUGCAUGUGGGUUGUUUCAUAUUGCCUCCCCAAGUGCCCCAGAGAUGCUGAAGACAGAAUUGCGGUCAAUAUACAGUCAAUUGUGUCAGGAUGACAUGCCUAUGGUUAGGAGGUCUGCUGCAACAAAUCUGGGAAAAUUUUCUGCAACUGUUGAAUCUGCUCAUCUGAAAACUGACAUCAUGUCAAUGUUUGAGGAUCUUACGCAGGAUGAUCAAGAUUCUGUUCGGUUAUUGGCCGUUGAAGGUUGUGCCACUCUUGGAAAGUUGUUGGAACCUCAGGACUGUGUUGCACAUAUUCUACCUGUUAUCAUAAAUUUCUCUCAGGAUAAGUCUUGGCGUGUGCGUUACAUGGUUGCUAAUCAGUUAUAUGAACUUUGUGAAGCUGUGGGACCUGAGCCUACUAGGAUGGACUUGGUCCCUGCAUAUGUCCGGUUGCUUCGGGAUAAUGAGGCUGAAGUACGCAUAGCAGCUGCUGGCAAAGUAACUAAGUUUUGCCGGAUAUUAAAUCCUGAACUUUCAAUUCAGCAUAUUCUUCCUUGUGUGAAGGAAUUGUCAUCAGAUUCUUCCCAGCAUGUUCGUUCUGCUUUAGCUUCAGUUAUAAUGGGAAUGGCUCCUGUAUUAGGAAAGGAUGCCACAAUUGAACAGCUCCUUCCAAUUUUCCUUUCUCUUCUGAAGGAUGAAUUUCCGGAUGUACGCCUUAAUAUUAUUAGCAAGCUUGAUCAAGUGAAUCAGGUCAUUGGAAUUGAUCUGCUCUCUCAAUCCUUGUUACCAGCCAUUGUUGAGCUUGCUGAGGAUAGACAUUGGAGAGUAAGGCUAGCAAUAAUAGAGUAUAUACCUUUAUUGGCAAGUCAAUUAGGUGUUGGAUUUUUUGAUGACAAGCUAGGUGCUCUUUGCAUGCAGUGGUUACAGGAUAAGGUUUACUCAAUUCGUGAUGCAGCUACUAACAACUUGAAGCGACUUGCAGAAGAGUUUGGCCCGGAGUGGGCAAUGCAGCACAUAGUUCCACAGGUUUUGGAGAUGAUUACCAAUCCACAUUAUUUGUAUCGAAUGACCAUUCUGCGUGCAAUUUCCCUCCUUGCCCCAGUAAUGGGCUCAGAAAUCACAAUUUCAAAGUUGUUGCCAGUGGUUAUCAAUGUAUCAAAGGACAGGGUACCGAACAUCAAGUUCAAUGUGGCAAAGGUGCUCCAGUCACUCAUACCUAUAGUUGAUCAUUCUGUAGUGGAGAAGACAAUUCGUCCCUGUUUGGUCGAGCUAAGUGAGGACCCGGAUGUUGAUGUCCGAUUUUUUGCCAACCAAGCGCUUCAGUCAGUUGACCAUGUUAUUAUGUCUAGCUAGAUAGGAUUCUUCUCACAAUUUCUUCCACUGAACUUACGUUUGGAUGGAAGUCCAUUUUUUUAUUGGAGGUGCUAUUUCUUUUCCAAGCCGAAAUAGCCGUAUCUUUUUUCCCAGUGCUUCUGAGUUCUGAGUGGUAGUGUGCUAGUGUAAUGUGAUUCACAUGCAGGGCCAUCUGUGCCUACCGAAUUUGUGUAGUCUAAUAUAUGAGAAAGAUACAUUCUUCAUUUC